CUGAGCAUGGACCCGGAACUCGUGCUCCACCUCGAGAUCGCCGCGGUGGUCGUGAUGGCGGUCAUCAUCGUCGCCGUGGCCGUCAUGGCCUCGGGCGGAGCCUACGACGACGCGGUCGGCACCGCCGCGGUGCACAACGCCGACGUCGAGAGCGCCCUCGGCGACGACACGCUCAUGACGUACAAGCAGGCGGCCGCCAGGAAGAAGGAGAAGGAGAAGGAGGAGGAGGAAGAGGAGGAGCGGUGCGCCAUCUGCCUGUCGGAGUACGGCGAGGGCGAGGCCGGCGAGCUGGUGCGGGUGGUGCCGGCCUGCGGGCACUUCUACCACGCGAGCUGCGACGUCGACCGCUGGCUCCGGAAGCGCCGGACGUGCCCGCUCUGCCGCGGAGGGCUCGGGCCGUCGCUGCCGGGGCUGCCGCGGCCGGAGUGCCCGCCGAUGCCGCCGCGGAUGCCGUCUUUAGCUUAGCGUGUCUCGUUUUUCGACGGCUGCUUGUUAGGACUUGUGUUCUU